GAGGCGAGAGGAGAAGAAGCCGGAAGAAGUUUUAUUUCUGCCAGGCUCCCUCUUUCCCUGUCGCUGCUCUUCCUUCUCUCGGCGUCCAUCUCCGUUCCUUUGCACGCCUAACAUGGAUCCCGGAGGUAUCGCUGCUGUCGUCCCCGCUCCUGAGACGAGCGCGAGUCCAGCUUGGCCCCAAAGCAAGUGUCCAUGGGGAGCUCCUAAAAACACCACAAUAUCAUGUUCGUUUGCUGAUGUCAUGAGUGAACAGUUAGCUAAAGAGCUACAGUUAGAAGAAGAAAAUUCUUCUUUUCCAGAAGUGGUAUCGGCUGUUGAAGGAUCAUUUAUUAGUGGGGAGAAUAUUGAUACUUCCAGUGACUUGAUGCUGGCACAGAUGCUGCAAAUGGAAUUUGAUAGAGAGUAUGAUGCACAGCUUCGACGUGAAGAAAAGAAGAUAAAUGGAGAUAGCAAAGUGUCCAUAUCUUUUGAGAACUACCGCAAGGUACAUCCUUUUGAAGACAGUGACAGCUCUGAAGAUGAGGUCGAUUGGCAGGAUACUCGUCAUGAUCCUUAUAGAGCAGAUAAGCCCACUACUACUCCAAAGAAAGGCUUUAUAGGAAAAGGAAAAGAUAUUACUACCAAGCAUGAUGAGGUUGUGUGUGGAAGAAAGAAUACUGCUCGAAUGGAAAAUUUUGCGCCUGAAUUCCAAGUUGGCGAUGGAAUUGGUAUGGACCUAAAAUUGUCCAAUCAUGUCUUCAAUGCCUUAAAGCAGCAUGCAUACUCCGAGGAACGUCGAAGUGCCAGGCUCCAUGAGAAGAAGGAACAUUCUACUGCUGAGAAAGCAGUAGAUCCUAAAACACGCUUACUUUUGUAUAAGAUGGUCAAUUCUGGAAUGCUGGAGACCAUCACUGGAUGCAUAAGUACAGGAAAAGAGUCAGUGGUGUUUCAUGCAUAUGGAGGAAGUUUGGGUGAGGAUGCCAGCCCCAUACCUUCAGAAUGUGCCAUAAAGGUGUUUAAAACAACUCUGAAUGAAUUUAAGAAUCGUGAUAAGUAUAUCAAAGAUGAUUAUAGGUUCAGAGAUCGUUUCAGCAAACUGAAUCCACGAAAGAUAAUCCGAAUGUGGGCUGAGAAAGAAAUGCACAACUUAAAAAGAAUGCAGGCAGCUGGCAUUCCUUGUCCAGAAGUGGUUACCCUUAAAAAGCAUGUCUUAGUUAUGUCCUUCAUUGGCCAGGAUCAAGUUCCAGCUCCUAAACUAAAAGAAGUAAAACUCAGUAGUGAAGAUAUGAAGAAGGCUUACUAUCAAGUUCUUCAUAUGAUGCAACAAUUGUAUAAAGAGUGCAGUUUAGUUCAUGCUGACCUAAGUGAAUACAACAUGCUGUGGCAAGGGGGAAAGGUCUGGUUAAUUGAUGUCAGUCAGUCUGUGGAGCCCACUCACCCACAUGGACUUCAGUUCUUGUUUAGAGAUUGCAGGAAUGUUUCACAGUUCUUCCAGAAGAAUGGUGUAUCUGAAACACUUGGUGAAAGAGAGCUCUUCAAUGCUGUCUCAGGUUUAAACUUAGCAGCUGACAAUGAAGUGGACUUCUUAGCUGAGAUUGAAGCUCUGGAGAAGAUGAGUGAAGAUCAUGUUCAAAAUCAUGGAAAAAAGGGGUCUCUAUAUCCGAGUGAUUAUGGGAGUCCACCAACAUCUUGCAAUGAAUAGCACUUUGAGUUGAACUGAAACAUCUUUUUUGCAUUAAGUGCAGUGAUUAAAUGUCAGCUGCCAAAAGCAACAGAAGUUAUGGUCAACUCAGAAUGCCGUAAAUGAAACUUCAGGAAACGUGCAUUGGUGCUUUGGUGUUGUUGUUUUUUUCCAGAAAAGCCCACAAGUUAGGUCACUGGGACUGUCAACUACAUGGCUCUGUGACAGUGGAAAGUAAUUUUCCUUUUCAAUCUGACAAAAGAAUUUUUCAGGUCAGUGUAGCUGAGUUAAGAAUAUGGUGUGAUGAAAUAUUUAAUUUAUUUAAUGUCACAAUUUCAGACUAAACUGAAGUACUACAUAAAAAUGAGAAAGAGUGAUUGAUACUCUUUCCUUCCCCUUCCACUUUUACAUACUGGUAUACCUGAUGGAAGGAAAAGUUUAAAACUUUUUGUGCGUACGGUUUAUGCACAUACUUUAAUUUUAAUAGUGUAUGGUUAAAGGGAGGCUCGCAUUAUGUUUCAUAACUAUUCAACAUUGAUUUCAUAUCAAAAGUUUACUAUUUUUACAAAAACUUUAAUAUUCGAUAAACAAAAUUUAUAUUAAUCACUAAGAACAGCCUAAAACAUUUUAUAUGAUUUUUUACACAAUAAAAAAACUCUUUUCCUGUAAUUUGAUUCUUAAAUAUGCAGGCCAUUAUGUUAAAUGCUGAAAGAAGAAACUUGCUACUGGAUUAUCAAUAGCAAAAAUAUUUGGUCUUUUUUUCUUGAACAAUACUUGAACAGAAGGCACCUUAAUAUGAUUCUCACAUGGAGGUAGCUUUGAAAAAAAAUAUAAACAAGUCUAAAUUACACAAAAUUUGUAAGGAUGCCCAGCAGAAGAAGCUUCUGUACAGUUGUAUCCUAAAUGCAUAAACUUGAGAUCAUGGUAAAUUUACAUCUUUGUACAAUAGAUUAUUUAGGUGUGAUUCAGAAAACAUCUUUCGUCUCCACAUGUGUAUGUAACAUAGCCUCCCAUGUAAUACAAUUUGAUGCAAUUGAUAUGACCACAUAAACAAAAAACCCAAUAGAACACAAAUCCUUUUUGAUGCAUAUGUGUAAGAAAUCUAGAGUCCUAUAACAAUGAACAUGUCUACAAGAUGUUAUAUGGAAGUUGAGGAGAGACCUGCCUCUCUAUUCAUGUAUUGUUGAUUUCAUUCUUGGAGUGUACCCAUGUGUAACUAAAUUGUAUCAUUUCACUAAGGUCAGUAUUAAAAAACAGUUCAUUCACUGACAGAUUUAUUAGAUUACUGGACUUAGUAGGGUGGUAAAAUUUUAGAAUGGUCACCUUUUGUUUUCAGAUUUCUUCUUUUAGAUCCCUUCACUAUGUUGUAAUGAGAGACUGUUGCUGUGUGAAGCUCUCAUGGUGGCCUAUGGAAAUGCUCAUUCCAUGCAAAAAUAAGAGGGAUAAUAAACAAAUCUGAUCUUG